AUGCGACAAGUUGCUGUAGAGAAAUUUGUUUAUAAAUGGACCUAUUCAACAGCUAUACUAUAUGCAGCAACAUUAGUCACAACAAUUGGUUAUGGAAAUAUUUCACCUAAAACAACAUUGGGAAAAAUUUCUACAGUUAUUUAUGCUUUAAUUGGUAUCCUUCUAGUUGUUUCAUGGCUAAAAUUAGUAGGAGACUCAUUAGCAUUAUUAGCAACACAAUAUUAUCAACGUUUAAGUCGAUGCUAUCGACGAUAUUUGAAAGAAAAAAAAAUAUCACUACGAGAAAAAGUAGAUGAAAAAGUGCCUUUUUGGGUGCCAAUAACUCUUUUAAUUCUUUAUCUUAUUGCUGGUUCUCUUCUUUUUGCUACAUGGGAAGGAUGGUCAUACAUUGAUAGUGCUUAUUUUUCAUUUAUUACAUUUACUACGAUUGGUUUUGGUGAUUUAGUACCGGGUGAAACUACAAUUACUCAUCGAAAUGGGCGAUCACUUAUCUGUGCUAUGUAUUUAUUAUUUGGAGUUAUGCUAACAGCGUUAAGUUUUAAAUUAAUUCAAGAAGACAUUGAUCGGAUUAAGUCGCGUCUUCUUCAACGUCUCGGUAUUGAGCAUGUGCAUUUAUCAUCAAUAAAACGAUGA